AUGCUCCUCAAACCCCGCCUCUUCACACCCAUUCUCCGUUCAACGCUCACAAGAACCACUAUCCGCACAAUGUCUGCCGCACCACAGAAGAUUGAGUGGCUCUGCAUCAUGCCUGACCAGCCGGAUGCGCUGGCGAGGAGGGUGGAGAUUAGGCCAAAACACUUUGCCGGCCUCCAGGCACUAAUCGACAGCGGGUUCAUCAACUUUGGCGGCGCAUACCUAAACGAACCCGAACAGCCCGACACGCCACUCGCCUUCCGUGGCAGCGUCCUCACCUGCCUGGCUGCCACGCGCGAGGAGGUCGAGGAGACGCUCAGGAAGGAUCCGUAUACGACGGGCGAGGUGUGGGAUUGGACGAAGGCGCAGAUUUAUCCCUUCAAGUGUGCGGUUAGGCUGCCGUUGGUGAAAUAG